AUGACUUUACCAUAUGUAACUAUAUCUCAAAAUUACAAGGAAAAUGAAGCUUCUAAUAAAAGUGAUGAAAGACGUCGCGCUCAAUCCAAAGAAUGUAUGCGUAAAAAAAGAAAAUCAGAAACUGCAGAAGAGCGUGAAAAACAUCUAAAAAGAGAACAACCACGAUCUGCUGCUUUUUUGGAGAUAUUAAAUCAAAUUCUUAAUAACAGUAGACCUAGUGAUUCAUCUCUUGGCGUAUUUCAGAAGCUAUUACUCCAUACUAUUGCAGAGCGUGAUAUUUCAGCUCAGGAAACAUGUCACAUCCUUUUAGGCAUUCCCUUUUACCACUCCAGUCGUCGGUUUAUUACUUUAAAUCUCAACAAAGAAGCUCCACGGUGGCUUUGCAGCUCUGGAAAUGAGAAUGAAGCAAGUUAUUCAGCAAAUGGAGAGAUUGGGCAAACUAUACGUUCACCUCUACAGAAGUAUUGGGAUCGACCCGCUGAGUUUGAGGAUCUUUCUCUCUUUCAGCUUUAUCUAAGAUACAUUUUUUGGAACAGUCAAUGGAAACAAUGCGACCAUGAAAACAUAGUGUGUAUUUGGCCACACCCACCUCUCCAACGUAAUGGUCCUCAAUGGGAAGAAUAUUGUCGAGUUAAAGUUCUGCUCCAUAUAGAAAAUGUGCAUGACUUGCUUGGCCCCCCUGUAGAAAACUUAGAAAACGAGGUUGUUAAUGAAGAAAGUGACGAUGAACAGGAGAAUGAUGAAUAUAAGAGAGAAAUACGGCGUGAGUGGAUGAUCUUAUUAGAGAUGGGACCAAAUACAAUUAUUGAGAGCUCUUUUGAUUUGGGAUUACGUGACAUUGAUCAGAAUUACGAUUGGGUUAGAGAUGUCAUUCAACGCAGACAUGGCUAA